CGCCGGUUGGUCGCAAGUACAGUGCCGCGCCAAGGACCGCGCAUGCUUCUCGACCACAAGCCGACGCGCAUUGUGCCGUCAGUGGACUCGCUCUCGGACACGGGCACGCGCAUGCCCAAGCCAACGGAGCCAGUGCACUUUCACCCGCUCACGGCGCGGUUCGUCAACCACCCCAAGCUCGAGAAACUCUACCUCGAAAAAGCGGUGAAAGAGUGGUCGCCGCGGUCGUUCAAGAUCGUGCUCGCGUUUCUCUUGCUCUACUUUAUCUUUGUCUCGCCCAACUUGACCAACCUCACGUCGACGGACCCAGCGAUCCGAGAACAGUCCCAAGAGUACUUUCUCUACGUCGUGCCGUCCAUGGUGCCCGUGCCGUUCCUGCUCUAUCUCGGGCGCCUCGAGCGCUUCCAGCCCUACUACCACAAGAUUUACUCGACCAUUGUGCUCUGCUGGACGUGCUCGAUCAUUGGUGGCGGCAUGCACUCGCUCCUUCGCGAGUGGAGCGUCUACAUUCAAGACGACAUGUCGACGUUGCUCCAAGCUGCGCAUGUGUUCAACCUCACGGCCACGUACACGCUUUCGUCGCAAACGGGCGUCUGGCCGUACGAGACCAUGCAGGGCACGGGCAAAGACAUUCUGUUUCAGUUUAUGGGCGACAUUCUCCUCCCGGCCGCCACGAUGAACAUCAACUUGCUGCGCAUGAUCCUCGUGUCCGUGUUUGUGCCAUUGCUCCGCAUCGACACGCCCCACGCCGCCACGGUCAGCGUCAUCUCGAGUGUCUCGUAUGGGGUCUUGACGCUUCUCGUGUACCCGCGCACGUCCAACCAGUACUUUAUCACAAACGAGAUCCUCGUGUGCUGCUUCCCACUGCUCUUCUCGACCGUGCUCUUUCUCCAAAACCGCGACAUGGAGCGCAUGCUCCGUCAAGAGUUUCUCCACAUGCACGAGGUCGAAGAGGAAGCCGAGUUUGCCUACCAACAGCGCGAGGCGAUUGCCGAAGAAAACAAAAAUCUCAAAAAUGAACUCAAGCUCGCCAAGCAGCACGAAGGCUCGACCAUUGACCUCGAGUCGCCUGUGCACAAGAUCAUUUCGGAUCUGAAAAUUCUCCAAGAUGAAAUGAAACUCAACGACAACCACGGUUUGAAACUCUCGAGCAUCAUCUCGGCGCUCUCCAAGCUCGACGCGAACCUCUUUACGCCCGACAUUAACGCGCAAAUGGGCUCGUCCAACGGCGUCGACGUCGACACGAAGAACUGGGCCAUCUCAGUGCUCGGAAAGAAGGAGUACAACCCCCUCGGGCGCAAACAGCCGCUCGGACCCGACGGCCGGAGCAAGUCGAGCGGCCACGUGCUCACGUCCGAGCACGGUGCUGUGUUUUUGAGUCACAUGCCGCAGAUUGAGACCAUGUCGCUUCAGAAAAUCCAAGCGCGGAUCGCCAAAGACGGAUGGAACCUCGACGUACUGGGCCUCGACUGCCAUGGCCACCCCGUGCUCUACGUCGGUCUCGCGGUCUUUGAGCUCCAUCACCUGUACGACCAAGUCAAGGUCGACCCCGUGGCACUCCAGAACUUUCUCUUGUCGAUCGACGAAGGCUACUUGCGCAACCCUUACCACAAUGCGUUUCACGCCGCGGACGUGGUCAGCUCGGUCAACUACCUCAUUUCGUCGCUCAGCGACGGGUACAUUCGCAACUUGCUCACGGAGCACGAGUUCUUUGCCGCGCUCGUGGCCGCGGCGAUCCACGACUUUCGACAUCCCGGCCGCAGCAACAACUUUAUCAUCAAGGCGCGGGACCGCCUCGCGCUGCAGUACAGCGACAAGAGCGUGCUCGAAAACAUGCAUCUCGCCGAGUCGUUCUUCCUUUGCCAAGAGAACCCCAACUGCGAUAUUUUCAUGCACAUGAAGGACAAGAACUACCGCGACGUGCGCAAGGCUAUUAUCGAAAUGGUGCUCUCGACGGACCUGAGCAUGCACCUCCAGCUCGUCGGGUCGCUCAAGGCCAUGAUCCUCUCGGACGAGAAGCACGACAUUGCCAACGACCCGCUCGUCAUCAUGAAGGUGGUCGUCAAGUGCGCCGACAUUGGCCACUCGGCCAAAGGCGUCCGACUGCACGGGCUCUGGUCGUCCAUGAUCAUUGAAGAAUUCUUUGUGCAAGGCGACGCCGAGCGCGACGCCGUGACCGACAUUUCGCCCUUCAUGGACCGAUGGGCUGAGAAUAGCGCCAAGAACCAAAUCGGUUUCUUUGAGUUUAUCGUGCUCCCGUUCUUCGAUACGGUGUCCAAAGUCGUCUUCCCCGAUGCGUUCCGGCCGAUCCAAAAUGCGACCAAGCGCAACUACGCACUCUGGAAGGAGGCGAGUCGAAGAAACUUGACCGUGAUCCAGUCCAUUCGCGACGCCCUAUUUAGCGACGACAGCAUCGUGGUCGUUGACCCCUCGACCAGCACGACGUAGGGAGAGUGGACCAGGACCUUGCGUUUCGUAGUAGAGUAGGCUUGAGCGUAAAUAUACAUAUAUAUUCGAUUCCCAA